AAUAAACAGUUUGAAAACCUGACAACUUUAGAAACAGGCCGUCUAUAGUUCCUUCACACCUGGCUGCAACACACCUUCUACCGGAGCUUCACACCGGCCAAAGCGGACGACUCACGGCUGCCGCUGCCCUGCUCUUAUUAGAGAAACCAACCAAGCUAGCUGGAGGUGCUGAGUUAAGCUAACGAGAAAUUGGUAGCCAGGAGCUAAGUUUGCUAGCGAGUUAGCAACAGAAAGUCAGCAGCACUUCAUUAUUAAAAAGAGUGCUCGACGGCUCUCAGCAUGGAGAAUAAAUACAACCUCAAGAGUCCAGCUGUGAAGAGGCUGAUGAAAGAAGCUGCUGAGCUCAGGGACCCCACAGAGCACUACCAUGCCCAGCCACUGGAAGAUAACCUCUUUGAAUGGCACUUCUCUGUACGCGGGCCCCCGGAUUCAGAUUUCGACGGCGGGGUUUAUCACGGCAGGAUCGUACUCCCCCCAGAGUACCCCAUGAAGCCCCCCAGCAUCAUCCUCCUCACACCAAAUGGAAGAUUCGAAGUUGGGAAGAAGAUUUGUCUGAGCAUCUCUGGCCACCAUCCAGAGACCUGGCAGCCCUCGUGGAGCAUCCGAACCGCUCUAAUAGCUAUAAUCGGAUUCAUGCCAACAAAAGGAGAGGGAGCAAUAGGAUCUCUUGAUUAUACACCAGAGGAGAGGAGGGCCCUUGCCAAAAAGUCCCAGGACUUCUGCUGUGAGUCGUGCGGCUGCUCCAUGCGCUCGGCCCUCCUGGCUCUCACCCCAAACAGCAACCCCAGCCCGGAGGACCACCAGGCCAAAGAACUGGCCCAGCAAAUCAGCUUCAAGGCAGAGUCCAGUUUAUCCAGACAGCCGAGCGAGAGCGGAGGUGCAGAGAGCGAGCCUUCCACACUCACCCAGGGAGACUCCUCCACAUCUGCAGGACAGGAAGCUGAUGUGGAGCCCCAGGCUGAACUGGCAGAGGCGUCUCCAGCCCCCAGUGAAGAGGAGCCCCAGCCCCCCGCGGCCCCCAGCGUAGGUCGUCCUCUCAGCCCCCGGCAGCGUCGUGCCCAGCAGCACAACCAGCAGGGCCAGAGAGACGGCAGAGAAGCAGCCAGCCGGUUGGCCUUCAUCGCUCCUCCUCACCAGCCUCAGGACGACAGCCACGCAGGCUCAGCCGUGCUCAUCGUGGUGCUCACUCUGGCCCUGGCCGCGCUCAUCUUCCGCAGGAUCUACCUGGCUAACGAGUACAAGUUCGACUACGAGCUGUGACCGCACUCGGCUGCCCCCCCCCUCCCCUCUCCCUCCUUCCUCAAACCCAGAGUCAGCACCUCCUUCUAUACAGGCCCAACAGAACUAUAAUCAGCUGCAGUGGAGCCAGAGCCAGGGCCAGAGCCGAGGCGGUGGCUGACACUGACAUUGUGCCCUCCCUGCUCAUUAGCACAGGGUUCAGUCUCCACUGAGGGGAACUCUGCUUCCUGCAGAGGAGGCGCUGCUCUCACCACAACACCUCCAGGGUGUCUUUUAAUCAAUGUGAAUUUUACUCUCCAGAGUCUCAUGCAUUUUUAAGAACGGAAAGCUUUGUUAUGUUUGUGAUCAGUUCAGCAGCAGCCACACACACACACACACACACACACACACACACACACAUACAUCCCCUUUCAUGUAAUUGUUGUCUAUCCUAGGGCUGCCACUUGUUCCGGUUAUUUAAUUAAAACUAUAAUAUAAUGUGUCAACAACAUGGAAUUAAGGGGGAUUUUGUCUCAAAGUAAGGAUUUCAUCAUGGAACAUGUGCACACUGUGUAUGAGCAGGCUGAGUGUCACACUGACGACUUCUUCAUGUGCUUUAACUUCCUGAUAGAUCAGCUCACGCACAACACGGGGCUCUGUUUUAAAGGCACAAGUGCAACAACCAGUCCACAGUGGUGGAUGAGAGUCUGUAGCAGUGCUGAACCAAUCACAGAGAAGCAUGACAGCUGCUCAACAAAUGGAGAGACGUCUUGAUGUGAGCAGAAGCGCUUUGAGUUCGUAACAGUUAAUUAAUAGGAUGAUGUGAUCGCAUUAAUCCGACACUCUCAACUGAUCAUUUUCCAUUGUGAAUGAUCACAGUAGCGUCUGCAGCGUAACACCACUUUGUUAAAAAUAGGUGGAAAGGAGGCGGUGAUGCACGGGAAUAAUGAGGCACAGUAAAGUAAGCAAGCAGUCUGAUGUGUGGUUAGUGUUUGACUGUGAUGUAAUCACAGUGGGAGGUUGUGUGUAAAGGCACUGCACUGUGGCAGAGGCUGUACAUUAGAAUGACCUGAAGGAGGUUUUCAUACAGCAUUAUGCAACUGUGGACACACACUGUAAGAAACAGACUUUUUUUAAUGCUCCUUUACAUCCAGCUACUGGUUGGAGAUUGUUUUAAAACAUUUUUAAGACGCAUAAAAUAUAAUCCAUUCCAAUAGGGUCAUACAAAAGUCUCCUCUUCCUUCUCCCUCAUUAAAAAUCCACAACAUGCAAAUUUUAACAGCUGAUCACAACACAUGCCUUCUACUUCACUGUAAUGUCUAUUCUCAGUGUUUGUGCACUCCAGGCCUUUCCACAUCACGGCCGUGUAGGUUACAUGCAGGACCAUGAUUGGCUCUGAAAUUGUGACAUCACAAAAUCCCGCUGGUGUGUCCGGGUGUUAAACUGAGAUUUCCUCCUUCAGCAGGUGAAAGGAAGUGAAGAGGCUUUAAUUCAAAUCGUUUGCUUUUUACAUGAUGAGCUUUAUUUUAAUUGUUGCACAGUAUUUAGUUUGCUGUUGUGUUGCUGUUGCUUAGAGUCUCCACAGUAGCAGCAGAGUGCUGCACAAACAGACCUGGAGUCAGUGGCAGCAGCUCCUGUGUCUAUAAACUACAACAUUCAGACCUGUUUCACCACAUAAACCACUGUAAUCCUUAUAUAGACAUAUACUGAAUGUUCACACCCACUCACUGUUGUGUAUCUCACUCUACCAACUCACAACAGUUCAAUCUGACCUGCGGAGAGUGAAGCUUAUUGGUGGUCACAUCUGUCCUGACACUUGACUGAAUUGCUCUUUAAUAAGAAGAAUUGAAUUACAAAAUAACACAAUACAUCUCAAAUUGGGAAUGUUUUUAAGACUAAAUGUUUAAAUGAGGUUGCUUGGGUGGCGUAAUUGAAUAUUUCUUUUUUUGCUAUAAACACAAAACAUUUUCCAUGCAUGUAGUAUGUAUCAAUAAAACAUUUACAGGUAUUAUUGGUUAAUUUUAACAAGUUAUGUUACAGCUUUUGGUGAUACAGUGAUUUCCUUUUACAUAGUUUAUUGCUUUUUUUAUUCCAGCUGUUUCCAGUACACUAGCUAAGACAUUCCUUAAGUUUUAAUGGUGUAGCCUGGUUGAAUAAAUCACUAGAUUGAAACUCAACUAGUAGUUACUAAAAAGUUGGGAAGGAUUCAGUGUGUGAGGUCAAUUUUAAAGUCAGAAAAACAGCAAAGUUUGAGGGCGCUGGUUGUUGCACCGCCAUGAAAACAGAGCCAGUAGUGUAAAAAAAAAAAAAAAAAUUCUGCAAUUCUGUGACGGUAAUGAGCUGACUGAUUCAGGAUCAGCUAAAUACAGCAUGCUUACCCAAGUACAACAUGUGGGCGUUGUUCUUUGAACUGCUAUCACCACGGCAACGUUUACCAGCGAGAUAAUUUAAGGGAUUAUUUGCACAAGUUAAACAGGAAUGUGGUUUUCAUGAAAGCAAAGCGCUUACGAUGACUUGGCAGCAUACACGUAGCUCUGAGGUAGUUUGUAGCAUUCUACCUGCUGAGGGGAACAAAUCUGUCUCGGUAGUUUUAUUUUGUGGUUUUUUGAGCAACGUACUCGUACCUGCAUGUGUCCAGGUGUUACUUGAAGGCAGCAGAGAUCUUCUGGGAGUAUCCGCGUUCUCAGAAUCUCUUCAUAUCUGCCUCUUCACUUAUUGUGCCCAGGGCUGGUAUACUGAGUUAUAAACAGCAAAUAAAUCACUGAAUGAAAGAAUGUGUUUGUCAUGUGUCAGCUUGAAUAAAGAUUUAUUGUACCUCAGCAUC